GCUGAGCCCCUCGCCAUGGCCCAGGGCUUCUGGCGGCUCUACAAGGCCAAAGUGCUGCAGACCCUGGGGGGGCCGCGGCCGGACGGGGCCCUGCAGGACGAGGGAGAUCCCCCCGAGCUGAUGGAGACGGCCGAGCGCCCCGCGCUGAUGGAGGAGGGAGCCAGCCCCGUGUCCCAGCUGGCCAGGAAGGUGCAGGGGGUGGGUGCCCGGGGCUGGCGGACGCUCUCAUCCCUCUUCACCCGCGAGGACGAGCACCAGCUGCUCAGCCCGGAGCCCUGUCCAGACCACCCUCUGGCCGCCGAGCCGUCCGAGAUGCCCCACACCGAGAGGGCGCCUGGAUUUUGGGAUCUCUUUGCUACCAAGUGGCAGCAGGCGGCGGGGCCGGACAAGGGGGUGCCCCCCCCGGAGCCGGGUGAGAGCCCUGGGGAGCCGCCGGGUGACGAUGGCAGCGACCUGCGGGAGCCAGAGGAAGGGGCCUUCCACUGGGGCUUCCUGGCCGGCAAACUGGCCGAAAUCCGGAAUAAAAACGCCCCCAAGGGCAACUAG